AUGGCUACCACCACGGCUCCACACGUUAUUAUUAUUGGCUCCGGAAUCACUGGUCUCCUUAUAGCACAAGGCCUCAAAAAGAGAGGAAUAUCCUUCGCUGUUUACGACAAGGUGGACCCGGCCACUCGUACUCGAGACUGGAGUAUGACCAUAUUUUGGUCUUUCCGACACUACCCUACCCUGCUAUCUGAAGAGCUUCAUAAUCGUAUCAAUGAGGCACAGUCAAAAGUAUACUAUAACCCGACAGCAGUUGAAGAAUUGGUUGUUAAGAAUGCCGAGACUGGCGAUGUAUUGGCAAGAGUGAACUCUCCUUUUGCCAGGAGAGUCAACAGAGUGGGCAUGAGAAAGCUUUUGCUUAAUGGAAUCAAGGUUCAGUACGACCGCGAACUCGUUGGUGUCGAAUAUACUACUGAUGGCGUUGUCGCCCGUUUCAAAAACGGGACAUUUGAGAAGGGUACCAUGAUUGUUGGUGCUGAGGGCGGACAGUCUUUCGUACGGCGCAUGCUUCUUGGUGACCUCGCCCUGCCAGAGACAUAUCCAGACGUUGAAAUGAUAAACAUCAAUGCUAGAUAUACUCAUGAGCAAGGGAAAUAUAUUGCAGAGAAUGUAGUGCCACACGUUGAUUAUGGAGUUCACCCCAAGGGAAUAUUUUUUAUUAUUCUUGUUAUGCGUGUUGAGGAGAAAGAUGAUUACUCUACAUGGACAUUCCAUUUCGUCAUUACAUACCCCAAAACCCUCACUGGCACACCGUUGAAGGGCAAAACCAAUGCUGAGCGUGUUGCCAUUCUGAGGUCCAUUGCAGAUAACUUCGCAGAGCCUAGACGAUCAGCCUUAAUGUGGCUACCAGAUGACUUGGAAGUUCCCGAUGACUCUAUUAAAAUGUGGAGUCCAGAGCCGUGGGACAAUCAUGAUGGUCGAGUUACGUUGGCUGGAGAUGCAGCGCACGCAAUUGCAUUCUAUCGUGGACAAGGUCUGAACAAUGCGACUGCCGACGCCGCAAACCUCGUUUCUGCCAUAGAGAAAGCCACUACUGGUGAAUCGACACUGGCGGAUGCCAUAACUGAUUAUGAUAAAGAGGUCAUCGCUCGGGGGCAAGAAGAAGUUAGAUUGUCUCGAGAACUGGCUCUAUCAAUGGAACACUGGGAGAAAUUCUUGGAAAGCCCCAUAAUCAAAUACGGCGGGAAUAUCCCGAAAGAAAUGUCGAAGUAA